AUGUCUUCAACUAUCGCAGCCCUCGAAAAGACCAUCUUUGCUAAGGGCCGUGAUGAUCCCAUCAAAGCCUUGGACUCAGAUGCGGACCCGCAAACUGUCUUUUACCUCAAUCCAGUCGGCCCUGAGGGCCUAGUUGGAAGUUCUUCGAGCGAUGGUGCUCGAUACCUGCAACAGACACUUUAUCUCUGGGCCACGAGGAUUGAAAGCACUGUCAGUGAGAAACUAAAGACCCCUCCCAACGAGCAUGGAUCCGCUCGAGCGAGUUGGAACCGAGCUUCCUUCCGUUCAAAGCUUUUGGACAAUUUGAUGAGGAGCACGCCAUGGAUGGCCAUGCGCGGCGAUGCAGCAGAGAACACAGGCAGUUCCCCUCUGACAGGCAACUAUAACCACGACAAACGUAUUUUUCGAGACAUUGUCAUGAGUGCACUCCAGGACAAGGGCAUUCCUAUCAACAACGAACGUCUCGCCAUCAUCCCCAACUACAUCUCUGAGGCCAUGACUUUGGCUGCUGACACACUGGAAAAGGUCCAGCGAUUCGCCAUCUUGUUGCCAGAUGCUGGGGGAGAUGAGAUGUCUCGAGGAUCGAUGAAGCUAGUAGUUAUUGGUUUUGAAAGGGCUGGUUCUGAAGUGAAAACAAGCAAUAUGGGAUAUGAAGCAAUUCUCAAUGGCAGGCUUUUCGAGGACCAGAAGUUGGACGAGAAUGUGCUGAGUACUGGCAAGGCUAUUGUGCAGCGUAUGACUGUCGACUAUGUCACGUAA